UCUUGAUCGAAGCGAAGAAGCAAGGAAAGUCGAAAGGGAACGAGAGGAAAAGUCGAUAACAGAAGCUGAAUUAAGGGAAUACACUGAUGGGACAGCAAGACUUUGAAAAUAAACACUUAGUAUAACAAUUAUGAUGCUUUAGCUAUGUUAUGGAAUUAUAUUGGAAUGAGUUUUUGGAGUGCAAUGCGUGGCAACUUUUUUUAAGUUUACAGGAUGGAAUCUCAAGGAGAAUACUCCCUCACAACUUGAACGACACACGAUUGAGAGGAUAACCUGGAAUUUACUUCCAUAGAUUUUAUCUAUUUUUGACAUUUUUUAGUGUAUUUAAAUUUUUUUUUUUUUUUUUUGCCUUAACUAUAGCUCACCUUAAGUGAACUGGAACUCUCUUAGCUGUUUGACAAGUGAGAAUAUACACAAUCAUGCAUCUGGGUAGAGCACUUUUGUUUUUCCUUCUUUUAAACAGCGUGACCACGAUUUUCUCUCUAUCUACUUGCACCACUGUGGACAUUGACCACAUAAAGAAAAAGAGAGUGGAAGCAAUUCGAGGACAAAUUCUUAGCAAAUUGCGACUGACUAGUCCGCCACAAGCACUUAGUCCCGGUCAGGUACCUUAUCAGGUGUUAGCGCUCUAUAACAGUACUAAAGAACUGAUAGAGGAGUUAGGGCGAGACCGGCAGCAAAGCUGUGGACAAGAUAACACGGAGACUGAAUACUACGCAAAAGAAAUACACAAAUUCAACAUGAUUCAGGGACCACCUGAAAAUAAUGACCUGCCCAACUGUGCCAAGAUAACGUCUAAAGUAUUCCGCUUCAAUGUCUCGUCUAUGGAGAAGAAUUCCACCAACCUGUUCCGGGCAGAAUUUCGUGCUCUGCGGGUGCCAAACUCCGGUGCUAACAGGAAUGAACAGCGUAUUGAGCUCUAUCAGAUACUACGGCCUGAUGAGCACAUUGCAAAGCAGCGGUAUAUUGGAGGAAAGAAUGUCCUGACCAAGGGGACAUCUGAGUGGGUCUCCUUUGAUGUCACAGAGACAGUGAGAGAGUGGCUUUUGCACAGAGAAACUAACCUUGGCCUGGAGAUCAGUGUGCACUGUCCCUGUCACACCUUUAACCCAAAUGGUGACAUCAUUGAGAACAAAAACGAGGUCCUGGAAGUCAAAUUCAAAGGUAUGGACGUGGACAAUGACAACAGCGGGAAUCUAAAGGAGAAGGAGCAGCCCCACCUCAUCCUAAUGAUGCUGCCUCCUCACCGGCUGGACGUGCCACCCAUAUCCCGGCGGCGCAAACGGGCGCUGGACACCAACUACUGCUUCUCUAAUUAUGAAGAGAACUGCUGUGUUCGCCGACUCUACAUUGAUUUCCGCCAGGACCUGGGCUGGAGAUGGAUCCAUGAGCCUAAAGGAUACCAUGCGAACUUCUGCUCUGGACCCUGCCCAUACCUGCGUAGUGCUGACACUACACACAGCACGCUGCUGAGCCUGUACAACACUCUGAACCCAGAGGCAUCAGCUUCGCCCUGCUGUGUGCCACAGGACCUAGAGCCUCUAACCAUCCUCUACUACGUGGGACGAACCCCUAAAGUGGAGCAGCUCUCCAACAUGAUCGUCAAAUCUUGCAAAUGCAGCUGAGGGUCUUGGCACCAGUGACAGUACUACAGAGGUCUUAAUACCUUAGCAAGGGAAAGGAAAGUGAGAGGGGCGAGAACUGGACUUAAAAAUACCUCCAUACAUCCUUCUCACCCACUCUGAGGCCCCGGAGCAUGAUGCUUCAAAGCAGUACAUUGCAUAUGAGUUUUGUUUCAAGGUGGCUCUGCCACCAAACGCUACUCUACCAACCCUCAGACCUCCACGUAGAACCUUUGAACUGCUUUUACCUUGUUUUUCCUCUUCUUCCCCUGUUGCUUUUUUAGCAUUUUGAACUGUCCAUGCCUCAAUGCAAAUGUCUUGGGCAUUUCUGAAAAUAAAAUGACAGUGCUUACUUAGUGACACAUGCAAAAGCUGCUUUAUCCAGGAUGACUCAGCAGCUGUGGUCAGUACACAAAGGAACACUGAUAAUGCCUACUGGAUAUAUUAAAAACAGACUUAAGGGUUAAUAAGAGCACUGCCUGGUUGAUGCUAAAGCCACUGGCAGGUUUUUGUUUAUAUUGUAAAACCUUGAUGCACAGGUUUCACCCAUGCUGAAAGUUGCACUGUGGUCUUCACAGUACCCUACACUGUUUGUCUAUAAGACAGGCUAACAGACACCAAUAAUAAUAAAAAUAUUAUUAAUGAAACAAACAUGCUGGAAAAAUAACAUUUCUGAAGAAAAAUUGUUCUGUUUUGGUUGUUUACCUCCUGUUAUACACCACAGUGAGCUUUUAGGAAUAUUUGGUCAUUAGAUGUACACAAAGCAAACAAUUCAGUGUAAAAUGACAUAUGACACUACAUGAAUUUUAAGCUAGAUCACAAACUGUAUGUUUUUUUUAUUGCUAUUACUUUUGAAAACACCUUUUUUAAAUUAAAAAUAGUCUUGGACAAGACUGAAUUUGGAGAGUUUCUGCAACAAUAAUGCAAGGUAUUUUCACAAAACUAUCACAGAUUGGUGUAUUGAAAAUAUAAUGUACCUAUCUGUCUGGGAUCUUUUGAAAACAGGCUUAAUUGACAUGUGAUUUUGAUUGCUCUGAGUACUGUAUGAGUAAAUAGAGUAAUCAUAGUAUUGCUUAGUUAUUUCAUGUAAGAUUCAGAACAUUAUUAUUUAUUUGAACUGCAUAGAACUCUUUCAAAAUAUAAGUAUGUUUCUUUUAUUGUUACUUGUAUUUAUGCAAGUUGUUACAACUGACUGGCUUAAAUGUAUGGAAUGUAUGGAAACAAAGCCUCUGAAGCAAUCAGAGUAAAUCACCGUGCUUUAAA